CGCUCCCUUGCGUACCACCGUGGUAUAUAAGGCCCUUCGGUUUUCUUCAUUCCCACAGUUGGUUGGUUCUCUUCGUCAGUGCUUACACUUUCAUAUCUAAGGAUGGUGCGCAUGUGCCUGGUGCUGCUGCUGGCAGUAGUUGGACCAUGUCUGGCUGCCAAGCUCCCUACCAUCCCCGGGAUUCCCCCAGGUGGACGCCAGCUCUUUCCAGACUCAGGAUCUCAAACGUUGUUCCCUGGCGCGCAGGAUCUUUUGGGGUCCUACUUGCCCCCUCCAAGAGAACCUUGCGUCCCUGCCACUAGAACCGAGGUCCUCACCACUACCCUGACCUCGUACUUCACCCGGCCUCAGGUCGGCGACAGAACUGAGUACAGAACGACUACGCUGACCAGCAUAGCACAGCAGCUAUCGACUGUAUACAGCACUCUCGUGUCGACAGUCAACCGCCCCGUCACCGUAACUAGCACCGUUUUCUCCACACGGGUCAUCACUCGCACGGCCACGGGCGUCACUACUCGCCCCGGUGGCACGACCACCGUCACUCAGACCAGGACACAGGUGACCACACGCACCCAGUUCAGCACUCAGGUGAGCACGGUCGUAAACACCGUCGGCCAAACCGUGACACGCACACAGGUGUCUACGCAAAUUGUGCCUACGACUUACACGCGCACGACCACACAGGUCAGGACCCAAGUCGUCACCAGGUCUCAGCAACCUGUAACCAGGACCUCAGUGAGGACACAGAUCAAUACUGCAACUGUCACACGCACUGCACCCGCCCAAACCGUCACCGUCACCCAGACCCGUGUGUCCACCAACAUCGUGGUCCAGACGUCCACCCUUCCAGCUCAGACGUCCACUGUUGUGUCGACCCUUGUCAACACCGUGAGGAGCACCGUGCUCAGCACUGUGGUCAGCACCCGUCUGGUGACUAACCAAGUGACUCGCACGCAGGUCAGGACGCAGUUCAGCACUGUCGUGGCUUCAAGUCUUGUGUACACGACGGUCUUCAAUACACAGACGGUGUCGUCAGCUGUUACUAGCACCGUCGUCAACACGCAGUUUGUGUCCACGACUGUGACUCGCGACAGGGUAGUAACCAGGACCGUGACGGAUAACGACAUCGUCACCCGCACUGCCACCAGCACCGUCACCGUCGGUGGAGGCACCAGGACCACCCAGCUGGUCAGCACAGUGAUUCGCACCAACGUAGUCACCAGCACUGUGGGCGGCGAUAGUCAGAUCACAGUCACCAACACCAUCAGGGAGCAAUGCCAGACCCAGGGAGGAUACAAGUACGACGAACCCGAAGUCCCGUUCAACUUCCCCGGUUGAGUGUUUCUCCUGCCUCCAACAAGCCAACGAGUCACGCAAGCCAAAAUCAAUUUGGAUGACGAUUUUUUUUUUCAUUGCGAAACUUCUAAGAUUUGUAUAUAAUCUUUAAUAAAGAUUGAUAAAAAAUA